GUCAAGUUCACCACUAUUUCUGGAAGGUCUACACUUCAGCUCGAGACUUCGACUGGAAUUCCAAUUCAAAUACCAGACGGGACAGCCUACGAUGGCAUAAAGGACGCCAAAAGAGAAGCUCUUGUUAAGUUCCUAAACAAACGUCCUUGGAUAAAAAUACCAAACAAGGAGAACCCCCUACCCCAUAUGAAAUUGGCAAUUCAGUCUCUCCUUCACUUCUCGGGUCAGCCGUUCUACAUAACCUGUGAAGGCGACAUCCAACCAGUACUGUAA